GUAGCAACCUACAAAAUGGCGUCUUUCCAAAAGACUUUAGAGAUUGCCCUGCAAAAGAGAGGAAUUAAAAGGGACAAAGAUGUAGAUGAACUCUACUUGUCACAAAGGAAUCUCUUAAAUUGUGAAGAUUUAAAGAGAUUUAAAUACAUGAAAAAGCUGUGGAUAAAUGGAAAUAAAUUGAGGCAUGCCAACUUUUUGAGCUGCAACUUUCAUCUCAGUGAGCUUUACCUUCACGACAACCAUCUCUCAGAUAUAUCAGGGUGUCUACGACAUUUGACUUGCCUGGUUGUGUUAACUUUACACAACAAUCAACUUACUCACUUGGAGAAAACAUUAAAAGAACUCGAUAAGAUGAAAUCACUAAGUGUGCUCAAUCUUUUUAAUAACCCAGCCGCCCAGGAACCUGGCUAUCGUACAUUCACUAUUCAUAUGUGUCCAUCUCUUACUUUAUUGGACAGAUCAGAAGUAACAAGAAAUGAACAAGAAAAAGCCAGUCAAAUGUACAGUCAGGAUAAAACGUUGGCCAAAAGUAGAGUUGCAUUUGGAAGAAAAUCAGAAGGGCCUCCCACCAGCCAUAGUGCAUUCACAAGAAGAACUACUUCUGUAAAGCAAGAUCCAACAGAGACAACCAAUCAAGUCAAUGGAAACUUAAAAAUCAACACUAAUGAAAGCCCAGAGGAAGCUGUAAACAUCAGGUUCUUAAAGAAGUCUCUAACCAUGUACAGUAUAUUUGACUGGAGCAAAGUUCCGAGAUUAGAAGCAAGGAGACAGACAGAUAGUCAGUUCAGUUUACCAAGAAUCUUAACCUUUGUCUAUCGGUGAUUUUCAAGGUGAAGGUGAAAAAUGUUGUUAAAAAAAUGUUAAAGGAAUAAAUAUAACAUGUUUAUGAUUAAACUUGCCCUAGUAAUUGUUAACUAUAAUCUUUUGUGCAAUUUGUGUGUUAACUCUUUAUCUCCAUGAUUAUUUUCCUAUGUUCUGACAGAAUUGUUCAUUUUUCACAUUUGUACAUUCUACCUUGUUAUGAUUAAACUUCAAUAACAUUUUUUGUUUUUAAUCAGAAAAUGUUACUUUUGGUAUAGAAUUAUAGGAGAAUGCAUGCUCUUUUUAUAUAAAAUAAGUUAUACUUUCUCAAACCAGAAAAUUAAUUUGAUUUAAUGGGUCAAAUGAUCAAUGGUAUCAUUGAUUAGAAGAAAAAGAGUUAAACAUUGUCAGUAUAAAUAGCUAGAGUACUUUAGAAGACAACAAUUGUUUCUUGCUUUAAGGAAGUGGUCACCUUCACCUAUCCCUUAGUCUUUUAAACCAUUGGGGCACCACACAUGAUCUAUCAACAGUAUUUCUCCAUUCAUCUCUUUCUUUUGCUUUAGAAUCUCUUUCCUUGGGGGUUCUAGUGAGGGUUUGCCUUGUAAUUUUGGAUGCAGGCUUGUGAAGGGUGUGACCUAUCCAUCUCCAGCAUUUCUGAAGGACAGGAAGAGUGGAUGGCCUAGGAAUACAUGGUGCCUCGAUUUGGAAGCAGAUGCCAAGCAGAUGGGCAAGAUGUCAGGACAGUUGGCAAGUGAGUUUGAGUUUAGGCACAUUGGCACAAUUUAGGCCAUGUCGUGCCCGUAAUCCUUUAAGGAUCACUCUCCCUUCACAUAACAAGGGCUAAAUUCUAUACAGUUGGAGAGACUCGUCAAGAACUUGCCUGGCAGAAGCUGGUUGGUGGCCCUCCGGAAGGACCACAGGCAGAGAUGAGAUAUAAAUCUCUUUCAUUGACAGGCCUAUCUUUUCUUUGAUGUCUUCCCUUCUCUUUCUCUGCCUCUUUUUCUUUACCCUGGUACUGUUCCUUGCAGAAAAGUUUUUGACUAUAAAGUUUUAUGUUACAUUUCUUGACAGUGGUCAACCAGUCAUUGUGGGGCCUCUAUGGUCACUUUUAUAUAAUAAAUAAAUUCCCAAGUAUACUUAAUAUCAUUAAAUAUAUAUAUAGUCAAUUUUGAAAAUUGGAAGGGGAAUAAUUAAGAUAUGUUAUAAAAGUCUUUGGCUAAUAAAGAUUCAAAUAUUGUAUUGUCCACUGAAGCAAAUAAAUAUGAAAAAUUUUAGGGUAAAGACACCACUCCCAUUUGAACUCUUAAAAGAAACUACUAGCUAUUUAUUGUUAUUUUUUUGUUAGAUGUAUUAUUUAGUAUUCUUUAAAUAUAAACUUCAAUUAUUUUGUUCUGUUAAAAUGUUUUAUGUAGUAAUCAUAAGUUGUGAUAAUUAACUGCACAUUGAAAUGAUUUCAUAUAAUAUCCCCUCCCCCCUCAGUUUCAUGUUAUUCAUAGACAAAUUUUUAUUGUGAUCAUUCUUUUAUCUUAGUUGUUACAUAUGAUUGUAUUGUGGGAUUGAUCCGUUGCUACACUUUAUUGUAUUGAGGGAUAAGUUGCCAGUUGUUACACUUUAUUGAAAUCUAAUAUCAUAAUCUGAUAAUUUUUAAAAAUUGUUUUUGAAGUUGGCAGGUUGAAUUUGCUCAUUCCAUUUAUAUUCAUUGCCAUGAAUGUAUUACUCAUUACAGUAUUAAAAGUAUAAAUCAUU